CAGCCCCGCACCUGCUCUUCCCCCUUUCCAUCUCCUCCUCAACACCUCUCAUCCACAAAAUAUAAAACAAAAGUCAGCAUCGAGCCUCGAGAAAAACCCGAUCAACCCAGCCAUUCGUCGCAUUGGGCAACAAGCAAAAUCAACUGGUUCAAACCCACACUCGUCCUCAGGAAACUCCGCUUCUCAGGGUCUGCGAUUUGAGUCGAUUCCCGGAAUAUACAUAUUUUUUUGUCUUCGGCCGACCAGUUCGAAAAGUUCAAUACACUCGCCCUUGAAGAUUCCACAGCCUCCUGCUUAACCAUUGGCGUUUUUUUCCUACAAAUAAUCUCACUCAAGAUGGCGGAUGCAUUCUUGUCCUCCGUCAGCAGGGAGCUUACCGAAGACCGAGGACAUCGAUCAUCACACCGAUCGCGCGAUGACGACCGGCCACGUCGCAGAUCUCGCUCACCUCAUCGUGAAGAAAGGCGUCGACGGGAUGAUGAUCCAGAACGGACUGCAGAGCGCGGUAGCCGCUAUGCUGAACGCAGCAGUCGAUAUGAUGAACGCGACCGCGACCGUAGUGAAAGAGACCAUGGGCGUGACCGCGAUAGAGACCGCGAUAGGGACAGAGAUCGUGAUCGCCGUAGCUCAAGAUAUGAUGACCGGGAUCGAGAACGGGAUCGAGAUCGAGGCCGCGACCGAGACCGAGAACGUGAUCGUGACCGAGGCCGUGAUCGAGACCGCGACCGUGACCGCGACCGUGACCGCUAUGCUCGCCGAGACGAUGUCAGUAAUGGAGGCGGUCGUAGACGGGGAGGGCAUGGCAGCUUCGGAGGCGGUGGCGGUGGAGGAUUUGGUAAUGGUGGUGGGGCAGACGGUGGUGUGUUUGGUAGUCCGAACAUACGGCGCAGUCCAACUCCUGAAGGCACUAUACCCAUAUCUAAAAGGCCAAGGAAGUAUACUGCAUGGGAUGUCAAACCUCCUGGGUACGCAAAUGUAUCUGCCAUGGAAGCUAAAAUAUCAGGCUCUUUUAUGCUUCCUGGUCAAACACGGCCUGCAUCUCAAACCCCCGGUGGUCCUGUCAAUGGAGGCAAUGGAACCGCUCCCGCUAAUAUGUCGAUGCACAAUUCCAAUUUCCCAGGCCAUCCACACUUGAAUCCAAACCAUCACUGGGUCAAUCCCAAUCAGCAGAAUGCCCACGGUCACUCACAGAUGACAGCCCAGCACCCCAAUCAAUUUCAAAUGAAUUCCCUGGGCCGUGAUGGCGGUUUCGGGAUGCCUGGCUCACUUCCCCCUAUUCAUUUCAAGCCGGCUCAAGGACAAUCUGGCCCUGUCGCUCAAACCCAAUCCUUUGCCCGACAGGCCCGUCGAUUGUAUGUCGGUAAUAUUCUUCACACAGCCAAUGAAAUGAACGUCGCCGAAUUCUUCAAUGCCAAAAUGAAAGAACUGGGACUUCUUGCUCGAAAUAAUGAAGACGGUAUGGCGAUAUCAAUUAGUGAAAAUCCCGUAGUGGCAGUGCAAGUCAAUCAUGAAAAGAACUAUGCGUUUGUUGAAUUUCGAAAUGCAGAGGAAGCUACCCAUGGAAUGUCAUUUGAUGGCAUUAUAUUCCAAAACCAGGCACUCAAAAUUCGAAGGCCGAAAGACUAUACCGGUCCUGAUCACGCAGGACCCACCCAUAUACCUGGAGUUGUAUCAACGAAUGUGCCGGAUUCGCCGAACAAGAUCUUUAUUGGCGGCCUCCCGUCGUACCUAACGGACGAUCAAGUUAUGGAACUGCUGAAAUCGUUUGGAGAAUUGAAGAGCUUCAAUUUAGUGAAGGACACGAGUAGUGGAGGUCACGUUUCGAAAGGAUUUGCGUUUUGCGAAUAUGUUGACCCGGACCUGACAGACAUCGCCUGCCAAGGAUUAAAUGGGAUGGAGCUUGGGGAUCGGUAUCUAGUCGUCCAACGAGCUCAGAUCGGACAGAACGCCAAGAAGGAAAAAGAAAACAACCCCGAUGGACAGCGGAACAACUAUAAUCAAUUCAAUAACUUUGCUGGUGGACAAGCUACUGCCGCUGCUUCCAGUGUCCUGGCAGCUGUCAAGAGUGGCGAGGGCGAAAAGACACGAGUGUUACAAAUGCUAAAUAUGGUUAAUCAGGAAGAAUUGGUGGAUGAUCAGGAAUACGGUGAAAUCUUGGAAGACAUUCGCGAUGAAUGCGGUAAAUACGGCAAAAUUGAAGGUGUCAGGAUCCCGCGGCCGAUCAAGAACGAAAAAGGCAGGAUUGAUUUGAAAGCAAGUGAGUCAGUAGAUGGACUUGGCAAAGUGUUCGUGAUGUUUGAGAAAGUGGACGAAUGUGCUGCUGCUCUCUUGGCCAUUGCCGGUCGACAAUUUGCGGGCCGUGUGAUUAUUUGUGCAUAUGCUCCUGAAGAUGCUAUGACAGAAGGAUCUAAACCAGAACAGCCUCCAGAGCAAGAAGAAAGGCCGACGGAAGACACACCUGCUGAAGAAGGAACGUGAGAGGAACCCUCGCCGCGGAUUCAUGUUUCUCAUCUCCUUUAUCAUUUUUUGAUUGAUUAAUUUUCAGAAAAAAGGCAGAAAAUCUAGAAGUUUUAUAGGUUUUUCUUUUUGCUAGUUUCUUGACAGUUGGCAUCGAUCUUAGCACAACUGCUUCCUUUGUUGUCCUUAAUCACGCUGUAAAUAGGAGGAGGGCCUUAUCCAAGCAUCAUAAUCAUUUCGCACCAUCAACCGUUUCAAUCCCUCGAAGGAGACCUGUGUCAUCACCGACGCCACUGUAGAUUUUCUUGUGAUUAGCGUGGAGCAUACUACGAUAUGCAACAAUAGUGUAGAUGAAGAGUAACAUUGGGUCUCUGUCGCCACCAACAAAUGCAGCAUUCGGACAGGUAUUUCAGAGGGCCACGCAUCAAAAGGCGGGCCUCUUUGCUCCGCCUAUCUUGGCCUUCAUCUUCGACCGUGCCAACCGCGUCAUGUCAGCCCCAUCAAGGCUGAAAGUUGUGCUGUCUUUAACAGUAUUGAAGCUGACAUGCUUUAUCCAUAACUACCCAAACUCACAUCCGUGCAGAUGGACCUCCCACCGAAUCUCAAGUUUC